AUGGAGAUGAACGCUGAUGCAAGAGAACUCCGUGAACUGGAGAAUGAGCUCAAUACAGAGAUUCUUCCUGGGACGGAGGUGAUGGCCGACGUUGGGUCGCAUCACUUCGUCAAAGGCAACAAACACGUCCUUGUGCCACAGCCAUCCGACGAUCCGCACGACCCUCUGAACUGGAGCACGUUCUGGAAGUCUAUGUGCAUCAUAGCUUCGACGAGCGUAUCGUUCACGCAAGGCUUUGGGCCAUUGGCGCUGGCGCCUAUGUUCCCGUAUUACAUCGAAGAGUUUGAUUCUACUCUUGCAUCGGUUGUCAAGUUCACCGGCGUAGCGAUCUUGGUCCUCGGAUUCAGCAACUUCAUCUGGGUGCCGCUGAGUACUUCAUUCGGACGACGACCAGUCUACAUAUUCUCGCAACUCGUGUGCGUAGCCUCGUCGAUAUGGCGCGCAAAGGCGCAAACAUAUGGCAGCUUCAUGGGGGCAUGCGUACUCAAUGGUAUUGGAGCUGGUCCAGCAGAGACCAUCCAACCCGCAGUUAUUGCAGACAUCUUCUUCCUGCACGACCGUGGCUUUUGGAACACCCUUUACUGGGUGGCUUACAUGGGCAGUCUGAUGGUUGGACCUAUCGUCAGCGGCUCUAUGAGUCUUCACGUCGGCUGGAGAAACUUCUGGUGGUUCAACACAGGACUCGUCGCUCUCUCACUGAUCAUGGUGAUUUUCAUGUUCCCAGAGACAAAGUACCACCGACGACAUCCAGACGAAAUCGCAGCCAACAACCGCAGCGUCUCGCCUCAAAAGAGCUCCAGCAGCGGCGACACCGUAGAAAACACCGAGAAAAUCGGCUCCAUCGUCGAGACCCAAACCAACGCUGCUCUCACCCACAUCGACACGGCCGAACGCGACCCCUGGCUCGGAAAAGGCAAACCCAGCAGGAAACAAUGGGGUCUCUACACACCCUGCGCAAACCCCCUCAAAUCCAUGCUCAUCGACCUCUGGAUCCCCUGGAAGCUCUUCAUCUUCCCCAUCGUCGAAUUCUCCUCCUUCGUCGUCUCCUGGACCUGCAGCUCCUUCCUCACGAUCAACCUGACGCAGUCGCAAAACUUCGCCGCGCCGCCGUAUAAUUUCGACUCGCAGAGUAUCGGGUUCAUGAACUUCGCCAUCCUUAUCGGCGCUGGUAUCGGUCUGGCGACGGCGGGUCCGUUCUCUGACUGGGUUAGUGCGAGGGCUACGAAGAAGAACCACGGGAUUCGUGAGCCGGAGAUGCGGUUACCUGCUAUGAUCCCCUACGUCCUCAUCAUGAUCCUCGGCAACUUCAUCGUCGCCUUCGGCUACGACCGCAAAUGGCCCUGGGAAGCCAUCGUCAUCAUAGGCUACACCUGCGCCGGGAUCCAAGUCGCCGCCCUGCCUGCCAUGGCAACGACAUACUCCGUCGACUCGUACAAACCCGUCGCGGGAAGCCUCAUGGUCGCCAUCACCGUCAACAAGAACGUCUGGGGUUAUGGCUUCAGCGAAUUCAUCACGCCGUGGGUGGAGAAGAGUGGGUUCGUGCCGCCGAUUAUGACGAAUAUGAGUUUGAUUACGUUGUGGUGUUUGUGUGCGGUGCCGAUGUAUUACUUUGGCAAGACGUUUCGAAGGUGGAGCAGCAAUGAUUCGGUGCAUAGGAUGUAG